CCUCCGCCAUGUCUCCCCCACGAUAAAUACUGCCGCAGUUUAUAUAUGUGUGUGCGUGUCUUUUUUUAGGGAGUGCCCUUUUGCAUUGACUAUCAGUAUUGAAUUGAAACUCUCCCUUUCGCAUUCAGUUGUUCGGUGCCGGGUGACUUUUUUGUUUAUUUUAAGGCUUUAUGUCUCUCUCCUGCGCGCGCUAUCACGCUCUAUAUAUGCGAGCUGACUGAUAGUUCAGUGUUUUUUGAUUCCCAGUUGGAUUGAAGGUCCGUAGCCUGCAACAAUGGAGUUGUCGCAGGCGAUUAAAAUGUGGGUCUCUCCGCUUUUUGUCUUGAUGGUGUGGUUGUCUCAGGUGUUUAUCGUGGCGGCGGCGGCGGCGGCAGGGCGGUCCGAUUCGAGGUUUCUUUUAACAGAUAAUGCAACCGCCCGACAUUCAGAGAACUACUGUGCUAUGUAUGACAUUUGUGGGGCUCGUACCGAUGGUAAAGUCUUGAAUUGCCCUUUUGGUUCCCCUGCUGUCAAGCCUGAGGCAUUAUUAUCUUCAAAGAUUCAAAGUUUAUGUCCUACUAUUACUGGGAACGUGUGUUGUACGGAGGCGCAGUUUGAUACGCUACGGGCACAAGUCCAACAAGCUAUUCCUUUUCUCGUAGGUUGUCCAGCAUGCUUGAGAAAUUUCUUGAAUUUAUUCUGUGAGCUUACAUGCUCUCCUAAUCAAAGUCAAUUUAUUAACGUAACUUCCGCUGGCAAGGUUGGGGAUAAUUCGACUGUUGAUGGGAUUCAGUAUUACAUAACUGACGCUUUUGGUGGGGGAAUGUAUGAGUCAUGUAAAGAUGUAAAAUUUGGAACCAUGAACACUAGAGCCAUAGAAUUCAUUGGUGCCGGUGCUAAAAAUUUUAGAGAGUGGUAUGCAUUUCUCGGUAAAAGGGCUCCUCUUGGUGUACCAGGAUCACCAUAUUCUAUUGAUUUCUUGCCUGCUGCUCCAUUGUCAUCCGGAAUGAAACCCAUGAAUGUCUCCGCAUAUUCGUGUGGUGAUACAUCUUUAGGCUGUUCAUGUGGUGAUUGUCCUUCUUCGGCAGCCUGCUCAAACUCAGAUGUUGCUCCUCCUCCCAAGAAAAAUUCAUGUUCAGUGAAAAUAGGGUCUUUAAAGCCAAAAUGUGUUGAAGUUGCAAUGGCAAUUGUGUAUAUUGCACUUGUCUCUGUGUUUCUGGGAUGGGGUUUCUUUCACAGGAAAAGGAGAAGGAGCCCCGAGUCUAGAACCAGACCAUUGGUUAAUGUUCCCAAUGGUGGAGUUGUUCGCCGUAUGAACAGUCAAAAGGAUGAGAAUAUCCCAAUGCAGAUGCUUGAGGAUGUUCCCCAAAUUUCAAAUGGUGUACAACUUUCAAUAGUGCAAGGUUAUAUGUCAAAGUUUUACAGGAGAUAUGGAACAUGGGUGGCUAGAAAUCCAAUUCUUGUAUUGUGCUCAUCAGUAGCAAUUGUUCUUUUGCUUUGCUUAGGUCUCAUCCGUUUCCAGGUGGAGACUCGGCCUGAGAAGUUAUGGGUAGGACCCGGAAGUAGAGCUGCCAAAGAGAAAGAGUUUUUUGAUAGCCAUCUUGCUCCGUUUUACAGAAUUGAGCAGCUAAUAAUUGCAACAAUUCCCGACACUGAUAAAGACGAAGCACCAAGCAUUGUUACUGAUAGCAAUAUCAAGUUACUGUUCGAUGUGCAAAAAAAGGUGGAUGCUAUCAGAGGAAAUUUUUCUGGCUCUAUGGUGUCUCUCUCCGACAUUUGCAUGAAACCACUUGGGAAGGACUGUGCCACUCAAAGUCUUCUCCAGUAUUUCAAGAUGGAUCCUCAAAAUUAUGAGACCUUUGGUGGGCUUGAUCAUGUUCAAUACUGUUUUCAGCAUUAUACGUCGGCAGACACAUGUGCCAGUGCAUUUAAAGCCCCUCUUGAUCCAAGCACUGCUCUCGGUGGUUUCUCUGGAACUAACUAUUCUCAGGCUACUGCAUUCGUUAUUACGUAUCCUGUGAACAAUGAAAUCAACAAACAAGGCAAUGGAACAAAGAGGGCAGUGGCUUGGGAGAAAGCUUUCAUUCAGCUAGCAAAGGACGAGCUCUUACCCAUGGUGCAGUCGAGAAAUUUGACACUUGCAUUCUCAGCGGAAAGUUCUAUAGAAGAAGAAUUAAAAAGGGAAAGUACUGCAGAUGCUAUCACUAUUGUGAUAAGUUAUCUUGUUAUGUUUGCUUACAUAUCUUUGACACUGGGAGAUGCUCCUCGAUUCUCCUCCUGCUAUAUCUCCUCCAAGGUAUUACUUGGGUUAUCAGGGGUUGUGCUUGUCAUGCUUUCAGUACUUGGAUCAGUUGGAUUUUUCAGUGCAAUUGGCGUAAAAUCGACGCUCAUUAUUAUGGAAGUCAUUCCUUUUCUUGUUUUAGCAGUUGGGGUGGACAACAUGUGCAUACUUGUUCAUGCAGUAAAGCGUCAACUCGUAGAAUUGCCAAUUGAGGGACGGAUUAGUAAUGCACUUGUAGAAGUUGGGCCGUCCAUAACACUAGCUAGUCUGUCUGAGGUCUUGGCAUUUGCGGUUGGAAGUUUCAUCCCAAUGCCAGCUUGCCGUGUCUUUUCCAUGUUUGCUGCUCUGGCUGUUCUUUUGGACUUUCUUCUACAAGUCACUGCAUUUGUUGCCUUGAUUGUCUUUGAUUUCUUGAGAGCAGAGGACAACAGAGUUGACUGUAUUCCUUGUGUCAAAUUAUCCAACUCAAAUGCGGAUACUGAAACUGGUACUCAAAAUCAGAAGCCUGGUCUGCUUGUUCGAUAUAUGAGGGAUUUUCAUGCUCCUGUUCUCAACAUUUGGGCUGUAAAACUUAUCGUCGUCUGUGCUUUCGGUGCAUUCACAUUGGCGAGCAUAGCUUUGUGCCCAAGAAUCGAACCUGGUUUAGAACAGCAAAUUGUCCUUCCUCGUGACUCAUAUCUUCAGGGCUACUUCAACAACAUCUCAGAAUACCUUAGAAUUGGUCCACCGCUCUACUUUGUUGUGCAAAACUAUAAUUACAGUUCUGAAUCACGUCAAACAAACCAACUCUGUUCCAUCAACCGCUGUGAUUCAAAUUCUCUCCUAAAUGAGAUUGCACGAGCAUCUCUAGUGCCGGAUUCAAGUUAUAUUGCAAAACCUGCUGCAUCAUGGCUUGAUGAUUUUCUGGUCUGGCUCUCGCCUGAAGCUUUUGGGUGUUGUCGGAAAUUCACAAAUGGAACCUUUUGCCCUCCCGAUGACCAGCCUCCCUGUUGUUCACCAAAUGGCGGUAUUUGUGGGCUCAGCACUGUGUGCAAGGACUGCACAACGUGUUACCUCCACUCAGAUUUACAAAACGGCCGUCCGUCCACUGCUCAAUUCAGGGACAAGCUGCCGUGGUUCCUCAGCGCCUUGCCUUCUGCUGAUUGCGCAAAAGGUGGAAAUGGAGCUUAUACUGGGAGUGUUGAGCUCCAAGGCUAUGAGGAUGGAAUGAUCCAGGCUUCGUCGUUUCGGACAUACCACACACCCCUUAAUAAGCAGGCUGAUUUUGUCCACUCUAUGCGGGCUGUGCGGGAUUUCAGUUCGAAGAUGUCCAAGUCAUUAAAGAUCGACAUCUUUCCAUAUGCCGUUUUCUAUACGUUCUUCGAGCAGUACCUUAAUAUUUGGAAGACAGCUUUGAUCAACCUCGCUAUAGCUAUUGGUGCCGUAUUUUUGGUUUGCUUAGUUAUCACAUGCAGCUUUUGGAUUUCGGCAAUAAUUCUACUUGUGUUGGUGAUGAUCGUCGUUGAUCUUUUGGGGGUAAUGUCGAUGCUCCACAUCCAACUAAACGCAUUGUCCGUAGUUAACCUUGUGAUGUCAGUCGGCAUUGCAGUCGAGUUCUGCGUCCACAUCACCCAUGCAUUUUUGGUGGCUAACGGAGACAGGAAUCAACGGAUGAAGGAAGCUCUGACGACAAUGGGGGCCUCCGUUUUCAGUGGGAUCACGCUGACGAAGCUCGUAGGAGUGCUCGUGCUCUGCUUCUCUAGGACCGAAGUUUUCGUUGUAUACUAUUUCAAAAUGUAUCUUUCGCUCGUGCUUCUUGGGUUCUUGCACGGACUUGUCUUCUUACCCGUAAUAUUGAGCAUGUUUGGUCCGCCGUCAAGAUGCGUACUCAUCGAGAAGCAAGAAGAUCGACCCUCGACUUCUUCGCAAUUUUGAUUCUUUUUAUUUUUUUUAUUUUUAUCUAAUUAUAACUUUCCUUAGCGUUUGUUUCUUGAAGAUUUCUUCUUCGAUAGAUGAGGAUUGAGGCAAACAACGAUGUGUACAAAUAAUAGGUUAGUUAAGGUUUUAACUUUGACGAUGUUGUCCAAUUGUAAAGCUUCACUUUGGUUUUAUCCUUUUCGACAAAGCUAAGGUGGUUAGAAUUUAAUGAAUUUGAUUAUUUAUAACUA